GUGAUGAAGAUGAUGGUGAUGAUGAAGAUGAUGAUGAUGAGGAGCUAACAGCCCAGUGGAGUGAUGCCAGCUGUAAUCCUAAUCCCAGCAUGCUGAGAAUAAUCUGAAGCUGUGAUCUGCUGCUGUGUCCAUGGAUCAGAUCACCUUCCAGCAUGACACGGUGCUGUCAGACGUUCACAUGCACCGACCCAACACACGUCACCUGAUGACGCGCCUCAGCGCCGUGGGACAGCCAGUCUUCAUGUCCAGGUUCAGGAUCUUAGCUGAAGGUCGUGAUGAAGGUGGCUGUGAGGAUAAGCUCAGACGUCCCAGGAGUGAUGAUGAUGAUGAUGAUGAGGAGGAGGGUUACGGAGACGAGGAGCCGCUCUUGGAUGAAGAUGGAGACCUGGACGUGGCUCAUCGACCUAGAAAGGACUCGGUGGACGAUGGCGGCAGAGACCUGGUCUGUCCCGUCAUCCUCCAACAGUCUGACCCGGAGCAGCACGACGAAGACGACGAAGACGACGGAGACGAUGAAGACGCUCAUUUUUCCAAAGACAUCAUCAGGAUCGAGCACACCAUGGCUACACCACUAGAGGAUGUUGGCAAACAGACGCUGUGGGUCGUCAGCCUCCUCAGCGCCUCCACCACCUUUUAUCGCAGUUACACCUUUGACCAGUGCUGCCGCUGGGCGGCCACAGGUCCCUGUGACGUUUGGGAGCGUUGCAUCUCCAUCCCGUCCAGGCAUCAGAGUGAGGACCGUUUUUCCCAUUUCACCAUCACAUUGAGGACCAGUUGGUAUAGACAGGACCAGUGUGUGUGUGUAAUCUAUUUCUCUUUCUCAGAUGUGGGCGAAGACCUUCUAAGGUUGUGCAACAGGAAUGUUUGUCUGAACAAACACAUCCUGGAACCAGCAGGUGGGAAGGUGAAAGUUAAACGGCUAGACUGGCUUCAGCACAGUCUUUGCACAGAUGCUGACGGGGAGUUUAGUUGGACAGAAGAGGAAGUGGCUGAUCUCUAUGACAACGCCAGCUUCAUUCUGGCUGCUGAUGUUUGCUACGAUGACGACCUGACGGACGGCCUCUUCAGAACGCUGUACCGCCUCUGCAGCAGCUUCCGCCACGCCGCCGCCAUCUUUAUUUCUCUGGAGAAAAGGAUGAACUUCAGUCUGCGGCACAUGGACGUUUGCUGUGAGGCCUACAAUCACUUCAUGCACUGUCUGUCCCAGCUGCAGGAUCUGCAGGACGGACGCUGGAGGUUUAUGGUGGAACUCGUCCCCUUAAACUUCCCACAGUUUCUUCUCUAUGAACGCAUUGAGCAGCUGGAGUUGUGGAAGAUCACUGCAUCUUUGCUUCCAUCUGAACGAAGCAGGUUGGACUCUAAUGGAGGCUGCAGCCAGAAUCAGCCGCCAUCCCGCUUUGAUCCGACCACAGAAUGACCGCAAGCCUCAAAUGUCCUCUGAUGCCUGAACGCAUCACCGGGAACCGCCACUAGACUGUGAAAAACACGGCGCUGUUAGCCGUUAGCAUUAUUAUUCAUUCAUGGAGGUCAGAUGAAGGAGGAUUAGAAAAUCAGUCAGUAAAUUCACUCCAUUUACUGACUGAUUUAUAGAGAAAUUAAGAUUCUCUGAAUGGUGGAAGCUAACCGCUAGUCGGACAGAGCUAACCGCUAAUCGGACAGAGCUAACCGCUAAUCGGACAGAGCUAACUGCUAGUCGGAAACAGCUAACAGUCUGACAGGUUGUGUUUUAACUGGUUUUAGAUGUUUAAAACAAGGCAAACUAAAACAGUUCAGCUCUGUGAGAUACAGAUCUAUAAUUUCUAAAUCUUUGCAAGAAGCCAUUUUUUAGGUCUGUAGCCGUUAAGCUAUUGACCCGUUUCUUCACACCAUGAGCUCAUCGCAUGGCGUGAUUUAGCAUCAGGAGGCGUUCCUCCUGAUGAGGUAAACUUUUAUUCUGCAGCUGC